AUGGGGAUUAAAGAUUUGAAGAAUAAAUUUGAACGUCUUGGAUUACAUCACGAUCAGUCAAUUCCAUCUCAGAAGCCUUUUCAGGUGAAGCAACUGCAACCACAGCAAACUAAUUCAUCAAAAGAACAAAGUCAAGUUUCAAAGAAUGAUGAUAUUUUUAGUAAACCAAUAGCUACAAAUGAACCUCCAAAAAUAUUUGCAAGAAGAGAACAUUCAUUCAAACCCCAAGGAUGUACAUUAGAUCAACCAAUUCAAACAAAUAAUUUUUACAACAAUCUAACUCUCGAGGACCAAACAUUUCCCAUUUGGACUUUACCUUAUUCGCUAUGGCUCACCAAAGAUCCCGAUCAAGAUCAUGGAUUUGCUUUUAAUCAUACAGAUGCACAGCAAAGAGUGUUUGGACCAGAUCCAAACACUUCCACGUCUCAAUUUUAUUUUAACCCACCAAGAAUCAAAUCAUUCGUUUUAAGCAGUGAAAAUUUCGAUAAUGUUAAACUAACAUUACAUGAUCAUAGGAAAAAUUCAGUGACUGCAAGGUUAGAAAAUGAUCAAGGUUGUAUUGUAGUUCCUUUAUUGUAUGGAAUGGGAUUUAUUACUGCUAUUUAUGAUAGAAUUAAGCCUAUACUAGCUUCACAAGUGGGUGUUCAAGAGUUUAAAAAAGUCAGUAAAAUCGAUGGAUUGACUAAAUAUACUGUGAAGUUGUUUAAUCAUGUAGUUUGGUCAAUUUAUAGUGAUAUCGAUUUACAAUUAAAAGAUCCAAAUCAUAUUGUCGGUAAAACCCCAGGUACUGUUCAAAUAGCUCGUGGUGAUUCUCCUCAUUAUGAUGAAACAGUUGGUUGUUACCCUACCAGUUGUGAUAUAUCAGGUACAUCAAGUGGAGAAUAUUCAUUCAAUUACAACAUAGUAGGGAAGUCAAGAUCGGGAACUACACUUGUAUGGGCAUUACCACAUCAGCAAGAAGUGAUUAAGUCAAACGGGAACACCGAUCUAACAUUAGAUUCACCAACAAAAGGCUUAAUGAAAGCGUAUAAAACUAACUCAUUGAUAAUGCAAGAACAAAAUUUACCAAUAGAUAUCCUGUGGGAUCCUUGGACUUCAUUUGCUACUCACGCUAAAUAUUCAUCCUCGGCCAUACAACUAAUAGGCCAAGCUGCAACCGAUGAAAUUCAACAAGAUGUAGUAGGUAUGGCAAACAUUGACUCAAUGUACACAUCAGGGAAAAUUCUUGAUAAGUUUGCUUAUAUCGCAUUCGUAUGUCAUUUCAUAUUAAAAGAUGAAAAUUUGACUUUUCAAAUCCUUCCUAAAGUCAAACAAGCGAUUGAAAUAUUUGCACAGAAUCGACAAAAAUUUCCACUUGUGUAUGAUACUACUUGGAAAGGUUUGAUAUCAUCUGCUGAACCCGGGGCAGAUUUUGGUAAUUCAAACUAUAAUGAUCAUCAUUUCCAUUAUGGAUAUCACAUUCAUGCUAUAGCUUUAAUAGCGAAAAUAGAUGAAGCUUGGUUGCAUGACAAAAAUAAUUUAAUAUAUGAUUAUGCAGUAACGCUAUUGCGUGACACUGCAAGUCCCCAAGCUGAUGAAUUUUUCCCACAAUCAAGAUGCUUUUGUUGGUAUAACGGACAUUCAUUUGCCCAUGGAAUUUUUGCUUCUGGUGAUGGGAAAGAUGAAGAGUCAUCAAGUGAAGAUUAUCAUUUCGCUUAUGGUAUGAAAUUAUUUGCCAACGUCAUAAAAGAUCAAGCAAUGGAAAGCAGAGCUAAUUUAAUGUUAGCGAUAAUGAGAAGAUCGAUGAAUAUGUAUAUGCUUUUUUCAAAUGAUAAUAAAAUUCAACCAUCAAAGAUCAUAUCAAACAAAGUUUCUGGAAUCUUAUUUGAGAACAAAAUCGAUUAUGCAACGUAUUUCGGUAGAGGUACUAUUGGUGAUGAAUGGAUUCAUGGAAUUCACAUGCUUCCAAUAACACCUAUCUCGGGUUAUAUAAGAAACCCCAAAUUUGUGAAAGAAGAAUGGGAUUCGAAAUUAGCUCCAAUUAUAGACAGAAUACCUGACGGAUGGAAAGGUAUUUUGAUGUUAAAUAAAGCAUUGUUUGAUCCGAAGAGUUCUUACGAAUGGUUUGCAAGACCAGAUUGGAAUCCUGCUCAAAUUGAUAACGGAAUGUCUAGAACUUGGUCAUUAGCUUAUACUGCGGCAUUGUUAGGAUAG